CAUAGACAUCCCGCACCUGGUCAUCGCGUCGCGCUCGAAGGCGUCUGAAUGCUCAGAGGCCCUAUCUGCAGCCACUCACACAUUGAUGAUGAACUCACACCCUUGGCGCCGGCACAGACGGCUGGUGCCUGGAGACACAACGCGCUCCGCCAUCAGUGCACCGCUCCGCGUGCGUCGGACUGGACGCCUGACCACAUCUGCCUUCAGUGACAGAUCACAUCGCAGGCUUCAACCUCUUGUCAUCAAAAUGCGUUGCGAACACAACAAUGUGCCCCAGCUACUCACGCUGCUCCGAAGCCGCACUGCCUCGGUGCAGCCCUUGGAGCUGACUAGGGCGCCCUCGUUCCCGCGGCCGACGCGUAUAAAUGCUCGCACCCGUCUCCAAACUAUCAGCGCCAAACACCCCCUCUGUUCUCUCUUUGGUCCACAACUCGACCUCAACUUUGCGCCAUCACCAUGUACUCCCUCUCACCAUCCCUCGACUCUGUCCUUGCCUCCGAUGUCCCCCUCUCACGGUAUCCCCACAUCGCAAAACAUGUGCGCGCGGGACAGAUUCCUUUCCCACCCACUCGACCGCAGUGGCGCGAACUUGAAGAGUUCUUCCAUGACGCCGCUGUCUUGUCGAGCAACACCCACAUUCGGGUCGCUGCCUUCGUGGGGUUCAUGAAGUCGGUCAUUAUCGCCCAAAGCAAGCUGAAUGGGAAGAGCCGCGAAUCGGCGACGAACCUGGUGUUUCUCGCGCUGAACGUACUCUUCGACCAGGUGGCCGCAAUGCUCCUCUGCGUGCUCGAUGGAGGCCAGACGCCACCACCCGAGAUGAUCGGAGGCACUGAGGCAUUCAUUUUCGGCAUCAUGGCGAAGUACGGACCAUGGAUGAAGGAUCUUUCGCCCGGCCCGCCCGGUGUGGAAGUGGGCGACCAGCCUCGGGACAAGGCUCAGUCCAUCCAACUGGACCUGAUCGCACCUAAUCCGGAGCACGAGAAGACCAGCUCAUUACAGCCAGUCCCCCGCGACGAGGAGGAGCAAGCUGUGCUUGAGCUCCUCUUGCUCAAAGACGAGGGGUGUCACAACGAGACACAUGCAGUGGUGCUCGCCCACUACGAGGCCGGGAUGAGCCGUUCUGGCUCUGGAAGCGGUGUCUCGAACACCCCUAUCCCGCCCCGCGCCGAAUCACGCCUCGCGUCACCCAUCGCCUCCCUCUCCGCAUCCUCCCUGGCAUCACGAUCCGCUUCGCCUUACUGGCGGACGCUCUGCACCAAUGGCACAGCUUCCGCUCCCAUCCCCAGACGGCGCAGCAAACGCAGUACCUUGUCAACCGAGAGCAUGGUCGCUACGCUCUUCUCCGCCGGCAAUGUCGCACUUUCACUGGGACCUAACCCUUCUGCUGAAGACAUUGCGGAGUGGCAGUUGGAAAACAACAUCAGCAUCGCCCAACUGCCCCCGCCGUAUUAUCUCAUUGUGCAGCACCGGUUGUUGGCCGUUGUGCGUGAGGUUGAGGAGUUUGCGGUGCGGAAGUGGCGCGAGAAGGGCGAGCGAUGGGGCCUCACGCAUGCGCGGAGUGCGCUGUCGCCCUUCCGACUGGAACAUAGUGGUGGCCCCUACGCCCACUGGAAUUACCCGCAAGAAGAGGUUGGCGGCGAGGUAUUUGACGCGCGCGUCCGCGAAGAGUGUGACAGAAUCCUCUCUCGUCAAGGCAGCUCAGCUUCGUCGUCCGACGAGCCAGAAGAAGCACCGGGCGCUGAAGCCAUCGAGCCUGUCGAACGCGUCCAACUCAUCGCCCCCGUCGAGGACCUUGAACCGGCGGAGCCCGUCGCGCCUGUGCAGCUGGUCGAACCUGUCAAGCCCGUCACUCGUGUCGAGCCCGCCGGACUCUCUAAAACCCUCGCAUCUGUCUCAGCUGUCGCGCCUGUCGCAUCUAUCGGACCCAUCGCACCCGAAGAGCCCCAUGAGCUUGUUGAGCCCAUCACACUCGCUGAGUCCAUCACACUUGUUGAGCCGGUCGCUCCCAUCGAGCGCGCCGCAUUUGUCAAGCCCACAGCGUUUAUCAAGCCCCUUACGCCACCGCCUGUCGACGCUUUCGACUCCACCACAGUUCCUGAAGCUGCGCCGACGCCGGAGACUAACACAAUCUCCAAGGAUUCCGAACUUCCCGACGACACGCUUGAGAUGGCCGUCCUCGCUGAGGCCGUCCUACUCGAGCGAUCUGCGCAGCCCGUCAAGAACCUUGAGAUCGUCGACGCUGUCGUACCCGUGGGAUCCGUCAAGAAUGCCGUGCCUGUCAAAGCUGUGGAGGCUGUUGAGGCCGGUGAAGGCAUCGAGGUCGUAGAGGUCGCCGGGGCCAUUGUGACCACCGCGACUGCGGCAUCCGACGCUACCGAAGCUGUUGAGGAGGCAGAUGCCACCGAGAUUACCAAGGACUUUGAGGAUGUUGAACUCUCCGAGGUCAAUGAGGCGGCCGAGGCGGCCGAGCACUUUGAGACCCCCGAGACCGCCGAACACACCGAGUUCUUGGUGCCCGUCAUUCUCAUCACAUCCGAGGACACCGUGGAGGCGUCUGAGUUCACUACCAUCGCUGAGAUGCCUGACAAACCUGCCCCGGUUUCAAUAUCAAGCCCGCCUGCAGACGAGAUGCCUAGCUCCAGUUCUCGGUUGCCCACAACGACCUCUGCUGUCGAGACUGCCGGCUCCAUCGCGACGGUCCCCAUCAUUGCUUUCGUGCCGCCAACCGACGACAGACCAGAGGACAUACGCUUGGAUGGGGGUAGUCUCCGCGUCCUGAUUGAAAAUAUCGGUCCAAAGGCUCCAGAUGAACAGUGGACAACCGAAUAUAUCCCUCAGCUACCCCAAGAGCAGUACGCGAUUGCGCAGAUGCGUGUACGGAUUGAUUUGACCCCGCCGUCUCCUCAUCUAUUGGCCCCUCAAGGACAGUACAGCCGCGUUUCAUAUGUCCGCGAACGGUACCUCACCGACGAUAUACCUCUCGAGGAUGCCUAUGAGGACGUAAACAUCGAGAACGGGUACGCUGAAGGCGAGCGCAGAUCAAUCGAGGACGAGCGUAACUUCAUCGAAGAGGCUGAGGCCCUCCAGAAUGGCGAGGUAGUCGAGGAGGAAGCUGUCACAAAACAGGCAGAAGCGCCUCAGCAGUCUAUUGCAGCUCCCCCGACUGAACAGGGCGAACCGCCGGCGAGUACCCUGUCAGACUCGCAGAUCCGCUGGGGUCUGAUAGUCGCUCAGACGGGCCGCGCGAACUGGGCCGACUACGAUUCCGACUCUGACUCUGACCGCGGUGCUAAUUCGCAGGCUUCUCCCUCUACAGAGGUUGAAGAGUUUGAGACGCCUGUAGCGUCUGACAUCACGACGCCGCACCGUCCCACGUCGCUUGUGAACGACCAGGCAGGGAUGUCGGACAAGAUGUCGGACAACGAGCACGGCCGCAGUGACGGACAUGCUACUCCUAAGCAGCAAAUCCAGCUCGACGCGUGGCACCGACGCAGCCUUCGCCGCCAUACUCACCGCGUUCCCGGGUUUGAGAAGGUGUUGUGCGAUAUCGAGUCGGUAAGCAGCGAUUCGCCUUCCUCCGUGCACAGCACGCCUCCACACCCGAGCCACACCCAGACAUGGUCGCCAUCGCCCUCUCGUCCGAUGAUGGAAUACUCGUCGACGCAGUCCUCGCCGCUCUUUGGCCCAGCGCCGCCUCUCGCCGUACUCUCCCCAUCCCCUCCGAACACACCCGAGCGCAACCCGCCCCAGGAGAGUGAAUCUCCGUCGCCUAUGCUCCGCAUCCUUACUCCCAAGCCGAGGCGCGGUGUGCUUCCUCUCUUCUUCCCAACACCGCCGCCGCCCCAUCAAUCUCCAUCCCCGCCGGCUGCCUCGUCAAUUGUUUUGGACGGCCCCACUGAGAUGUCGUCACCGUCGGCGUUAUCUGCGACGCUCAAUACCGAGCCCGUGCAGCCCGAUGCUCCGCUUGUUGUCGUCACAAGCCCCUCGCCUCCACCCCAAGCAGCUCGCGUUGCUGCUGAGCCCCAGCCUCACAAGUUGACGAAGGCCGAGUCCGGCUCCAGCGACUCGACCAGUACGACGGACAGCGAGGAGACGCCUGCGACCACUCCUGAGGUGCAGGCGUCUCCAUCUCCGGUCGAGGAGCCUCCGAAGCCAGGCGAGGAGCCUGACCAACCCCAAGAAACGAACCCACAGCAACCCGCCACGACGACUCCCGCUUACCCACGCGACACUUAUCGGGAAUGGGUGCCCCUCAGCCUCCGGGGCCUCGAGCGGCCGUGGACCGCGUCCGAACGUGCGCGAGAACAGAAUGCACGUAAGAAGUGGAUUCGCAAGCAGAAAGCACUCGCACGCAACGGGGUGAUUCCAGACUGGCGUCCAAAUGACAGCUCUACAGCUAGCGGCGAGGGAGCCUCAACGCAGACGUCAGCGCCAGCUGAAACGGGUUCGCAUUCAGAGGAGGGCGCCAGCGCGGCGCCUCCGAAGGAAGGCUCCGCCGAGUCCGCCGAGCCGCUCGCCACCCAUCCGAACACCGAGCUUAGCGCUGAGCUGAACCGGAAGGAUGAGAAUACCGAACACGACGUACCGACCACCACCCGGACAGACUUGAGCACGGCCAACGAAACAGCGGAGGUGGACGAGAUGGAGGAACUGGCCGUUGUCGAGGAUGACAUCGAAGAGACUAUCGUGGAGAUCCUUUUUGAGCCCGUGACGACGCCCGAGGUUGAGCAUGAGCCGGAACGCAUCGUGGUAUUAACAGAGGAGGCUGCGUUGAACAUGGCCCCAGUUCUCCUCGAGGAGCAGGCUCGGAUCGAGCAGCCAGCCGCGGUCGAGGAGCCAGCCGCGGUCGAGGAGCCAGCCCCGGUCGAGGAGCCGGUCCCGGUCGAAGAGCAGGCGUCCCAGAUCGAGAAACCAGAGCUCACACCCAGUCCUGCGCCCGGUGAAGUUGGGGAGCCGCCUACGCGUGCAGAGCCCGAGUCCGUUGAACCCAUGGCACAUGAGCUCCAGCUGCCAAGCAUCACAGAGGCAGAGUCAUCUGAGCCCUCGAUACCCAGCAACGCUGGGACUAUCCACGAUGACACUUCUAACUCUGAGCCGGAGGCUUCAGAGAAGAUAUCCGCGGAGAAGCCGCAGGCGCAAAUCAAGGCAGCGCCACCUGAGUCCACCGAGGAUAUGUGGGAGAACAAACCAUGGGUUCCUCUUGAGUUGCGCACCACGCGCAAGUGGACGCAGGAGGAGGUGAAACGCAUCAAGAACGCACGGAUGAAGUACAACCGCAAUCGGCGCCGUAAUCUCGGCAGCGAUGCAGACUCGGUGGGCAGCGCGCGCUCGACCGCCACUUGGGCUGCCAAGUCAUUGCCUAGCACGCCGCCCAAGGCGAGCUCCAAAGCAAAGUUACGCCUGGGGCUUCCGGAUUGGCCGCAGGAGUCCCAGCUUCAGCCCACCCCGAAGACUGCCGGUACUCUGCUGGAACAGACGCUCGCCAUGCAGGCCGAGGCAUCAACUCCGCCCUCGCCAGCUACUUUGCGAUACAAGCCUUACCCACAGCCUGCUGGAACGCUGCUCGACCAGACCCUCGCGAUGCGGGCCGCAUCGAGCGGCGUAGAGACUCCCAAGACCCAGCGCACACCGCCGACAGAGACGCCAAAGGCCACCCCGCACCUUCUGAGCCGCCUUGGCCCGGCUCCAAAUCGCUUUAAGGAGCUGCGCAGCAGAUGGGAACAGUCGAGCACUUCCCCCAUAUCUCGCGUCACCUCGCACCUACCCGAACUGGCCCGGUCCUCGCCGAUCACCGAACGUCUCAAGGCCUUCGUUCCUCCGCCCCCUAAGUCACCAACUCCGCCUCCUUCCACCGCCCGUGCACCCACGCCACCUUCGACUCCCAAGCCGCGCGUGAAGCGUGGCUACGAGGCACCCACUAAGGCGAGCGGUAUGCGCGAGGACGACGCCACGAACCGCCGUGUCAGCACUGAGGCCGCAGCCAGCCCUUCCAAUGUCACCGCUCGCCGCUUAAGCGAUGGCCGUGCUACGCCAACGGCUGGGUUAUCCAACCCGUCAACGAGUCGCCAGGACACUGCCACAGGCACUACAGGUGUGCUGCCCAGCCGCCCUAGGAGUGCCGCCGGUGGCCGUCCGUCCAGUGCCUCCUCGAAUCGCCCUUCAUCGGCGAGCUCCAUGCGGGGCAACACGGGAGGACGAGGGCGUGGAGGUGCUAGCGGUCGAGGAGGUGCUGGAGGUGCUCGCGGCGAGACGCCAGCGACGUUCGGACGUGCCCGGGGGCGAGGAGGAAAGUGGAGUCGGGUUGGAUGAGGCAUGUGCGAGGAGCGUAGAAGGUGUAGCGCAGGUGAGAUUGUGCGACCUCCUGUAUCUAUAGAGCUGUAGUACAGUUCUGCAUGUUUCGUGUUGAAG